ACCGACAUUUGAUCUUUCCCAGCAGCCCAUUGGCCAGUGGCUGGGUGGCUGGGGUGGGAGGGUGGGGUGUGGCCCAUCAGGCCCCUGACCAAGUAUAGGAAUGGCCAGAGGAGGAGGCUGAAGGAGGCGAGGAUGGAGGAGACGUGCCUAGAGGAGUCAAGGUCCCUGCCUCCCCCAGGAAGGGCGCCAGCCCUGAGGUACACCAGGACAGCAGAGAAGACACUGGUGGACACUGCUGCCGGCUGCUGAAGUCCUGUGACAGGGAUGGGGCAUGAGGAACAUUAUCCUGGAGACUGAGGAGUAGCUGUAGCUAUGCUUCCUGAAGGAUUCGGUUCUCUGCUCCCUCCACACUGCUGGUCCACUAGUGGUCACCUGGCCCUGAGCACACCCCCCUCCUACAACCAGAAGGGCCCUGCUUCAGCCUGUACCUGGAAGAUCAGCUCCCUGGGUGAGCUCUGGUGCUCCAAGUGUGGGCCCUGCCCUGGACUGUCUCAAGGUAAAGGGAAUGCUACCCACCCAUCCUGGCAGCCCCCCAGAAUGUGGGGGUUCCCUCAGUUUUCUAAUCCUAUGGCCAGCAGCUGAGAGUGAGGGAACAGACCCCUCCUGGCCCCUCCCCAGCAGAUGGCUCCUGCCUCGUUAGAGCCAGCCCUCACGGCAGCAGCCCAAGGCCUCCCUCCUUCCCAAACCAGACAGCCUCUGGCUCGUCCCAGAUGCCAUUUGUCAACGUCCUUGCAAACACGUGGCGCCCAGAAACCAAGGCGGGUGGCUUGGCCAGGACCACCCUGGGCAGGAGGUCUGCGGGAAUAUCCCAUUUAGCGUAGCUCAGCGAAAAUUGCUCCCACCUUCCGGCCAAUCUACCUCUGAUGAUGCAGCCUCAGCUUUCCCAAGCCAUUUGGCCGCCGCUCCUUACCACUGGCUUGCAGCAGACCGACGCACUUGUGGUUGGGCUGGCGACAGCAUGGCGCCCCUCACGUGUCUGCGGGUAGCCUGCUCUUCCUGCCCUUGGCCAGGGUCGGUAACUGGCCAGACUCAAGCCUCCCACUUGGAGCUUGCCUGUGAGUCUCUUACCCCCCACCCUGCAUGGCACGAUGGCCUGGCCCAGUUUAUGUGCAUGAGAGACUGGCAUUGUGCUGGGCAUCGGGACACAGGUAGGUUCUAACCCUUAUCACCUGCCAAGAAGCUGUAGCUCUUGGGGCUCACUUCCAUACCAGCACUUGGUAGCCCUGCCUACAGCCAGGGAUGCCCAAGCUUAGAAGGCACCGGUAGAUCCUGGGUGUCAGGCAGAGGGCUUUUGGUAGUUAAAAUGCCACAUCUCUGGCCUCCUGGAGAACGGGAAACCACAUGUCCCACCACCACGAGGAGGAGGGCUGGCCUGACUGUGUCCCUCCCACUACAGGGUGCAGUGAUGCUCAUCUCCACUGCCUCGGUGCCUCUGGGGGCCAGUGGCCGGAGCCCCCAGGGGACCCUUGGCCCCCCUCCACCCUUGCUGCCCAAACCGGGGAAAGACAACCUGCGUCUGCAGAAGCUUCUGAGGAAGGCGGCUCGGAAGAAGAUGGCAGGAGCUGCCCCUGCCCCACCUGGAGCUUUCCGCACCUCCCUGUCCCCCGUGAGCGAAGCUAGCCAUGACCUGGAGACCACGGCUCCACGUCCCGCUGAGGCCCCACGUCCCGCUGAGGCCUUGCGUCCCGCUGAGGCCCCACGUCCCGCUGAGGCCUUGCGUCCUGCUGAGGCCCCACACACUGUGGUGCCCCUGCCCCGCUCCCCGCACACCCCAGUCAUUCACCAUGUGGCCUCGCCCCUGCAGAGGUCCACGUUCUCCUUCAGCCUCACUCAGCGCCAGGCUCUGGCUGCACAUUUCAAGGCCCCUUCAAGGCUUGAAGCCCCAGUUCUAGAGCCUGCCCAGCCCCCCAGUCGCUCUGCCUCUAUCUUGACCCCCACAAUAGGGGGCACCCAUGUCACUCAGGUGCACAUCCAGCUGGCACCAUCCCCAAGUGCAGGAACUCCUGAGUCCCCCAGGACAGACCUGAGUGGGGGACCCAGCAGCCGGAAUGGAGAACCAGCCCCAGGUCUCCCUAGUACCCAGCCCCAGAUCCCAGUGGCUCAUAUCCGCCCAUUGCCUGCUGGGGCCCAGGCUGUCAGUCCUAGGCCUGAGGAGCCCCCUACAGUGAGGCCACCAUCCAGCUUCCAGGCCGCAGUGUCCAGAGAGGCAGGGACCAGGGUGGUGGUGCCCAUCGCCCCCACCUACCGCUCGCCUGGACCCUUACCAUACAGCCCGGUUCCCACAGCACCUGAAGCUGAGCACUCGGAGCAGUUACCUAUAGCCAGCCCUACACUGGAGGUCGAGGGGGUCCCAUCAUCCCUGGCCUUGGCCUCAGGGCCCCACCCAAGGCCUGCCCCCAAAGUUCCCCCCAAGCCCCGGCUCAGUGGCUGGACACGCCUCAAAAAGCAGCUAAUGGAGGAGGCAGAAGAGCCCCAAUUCCCAGGGCAGGAGCCUAGCCUGGAGCCUGCUCAGCCGGAGGAACCCACUGCAGCCAGCUCCCGGCCCCCUGCCUCCCGGGCCUCUAGAAUGUGGGAUGCUGUGCUGUACCGCAUGUCAGUGGCCAAGUCUCACAACCACCCAGCAGGGCCCAAAGAUGGGGAGCAUCCCUUGGCUGGCCUCCCCCGUCUGCCCUUCCUGUACAGGCCUCGCUUCAAUGCCCGAAAGCUGCAGGAGGUUGCACGGGCCCCUCCCACAUUCCAACCCCUUGUAGCGCUGAGCCCCCAGCCCAAGAACUUCAACCGGACAGCAGCUGGCUGGAGGCUCUGGUGAAGAAGUGUCCAAGACCACAGGGUGGACAGAAGAUGGCUGAGCUCUAGCAUGGAGGCCACAGCCAUUGCAGGAGGAAGCACAAGGGGGCGUGGGGUGGAGGGAGGCUGGUGGGUGAGGUAUGUGUGGGUGGCCUGGGAAGGAUGCAUCCUGGUGCUCAGAAGAGCCUGGUGGAAGUGGACAGGUCAGGAAGGACAAGUCAGAGAGGUGGACAAAGCAAAGAGAAUGCAGAAGGGAGGCCAGGGUCUCACUGGUGUCGGGGGAUGGGUCUGAUCAAUGUAGUGUGGGAUUUGAGGGAUGGGACUUGGGGAGGAGGAAAAUAUGCAAGUGUGUGGUGAGGGGAGAAGUUGGAUUCACUGAUGCUGCCAGGCAGGCCCUGCAGCAUGCCCCCCAAUUGUCAAAGCCUGGGAGACAUAUUUCCUUCUGUGUGAAGUCAGAACUGUCACCAGCAGCAGGAGCUGGUUGGCGUUUGUGUUCCUGUGAGAGGCUCAAGGGGCUGCGGGAGCCAGACCCCAUGCCAGGAUGCAGAUGGUGGUGGAUGAGGGGUGCUCAGAGGCACGGAGGAAAGCUGACUGAGCAGAGGAGGAGGCCUGGCCAUGGCCCUGUUCACAUACACCUCUGCUUCCCUUCCUGGGCUGUCAGCUUCUUGGGAGCUUGCUGGUUGGAGAGGGGGCAGGGGCACCCCGCUAGUCACAUCUGGGCUUUGAUGGCAGGGUGAGGAAGGCAUCCUCAACAUCAGGGCUGGGAGAUCAACCUGGCCAAAAUGUGUGGAUUGGAAGCUGGGGCCUGCACAGGGGCACUGGAGGGGUCUCAGGCUGCAAACAGCAACCCUGAUGGGCCACCAGCCAUGAAGACAGGGGCCCAGAGGUUCCAGGAGAGAGCUCCAGCCGCAGCCACCACACAGGACUUGGCAGGGGAAGAAGGCAAUGAAGGUGGGCUGGCUGCCCCACGGAUGCAAUGACCACGCUGAGUUGAGCCUGGGACCUGGGCCACCAAUAAACAUUUAUCUAACCA